AUGACCCUAGGUUCCGCGCUACCCUGGAGGGCAUGCUCCCCGCUGGGUCGCAUCACGAUCCAGUCCCCACGACGCCAGGGGCUGCCGCUCUCCUCGGUGCUGAAAGACUCCCGAGCCGUCCGCAGUCCCGCCGUCGUCCGAUUCCAAUCGACCGAACGAGCGCAAUCGGCCGACGCUGGCAGUCUCGCAUCAUACAAGCGCCCUCGAACCCAUGAUGCUGCCGUAGCCGACGCGCGGCUUUCCCUCCUCGACCGCCUGGACCGCACGCCCCUGUGGCUCCACGGCGACGAGGAACCGGUCGUUGUCAGACCCGCCGUCGCGUAUCCCAACAAGCGUGAGACUCGCGAAGCCCUGCAGAAGAAACACCGCGCCCUCACGCAGCAGGCCCGGGUUGAACGUCGCCGCAAACAGCCCCGAGCGGGCGACUGGCGCGCCAUUCUUCACCAUCUCAUAAGGUGGACUCCGACCUCUGCACCAGUCCAGGAUGGCAUCAAGGUCAUCAUUCCGGAGCAUUCCGCGAAGCUCCUCUGGUCCGACUACGAGAACAAUGUAUGGAACAUCAAAUCGAGGACCGGCUGUGACAUGACGCUGUGGCGACCACUCGAUGGCGAGGACGCUGAGAAGGAAGGCGAGGACGAGGCUGAGGGCAGCGGUGAGAGACAGAGUGCCGGAACGAGCAAGGACCCCUACAUCGUGCUCGUCGGCCAGCCCACCGCCGUAUCGGCUGCUGUCUAUGACAUCCUGAAGGUUACCAAGGGCGUCACCAUUAUCGGCCUCAAGGGCGGCACUCCGACCGUGCUACAUGAAGGACGGUCGCCUCAACCGCCUCCCACCCACUCGGCCGCCCCCAUGAUCGCCCCGACUCGUAUUCCUCACUAUCCCAUGUCCGCACCAUGCCGGCCGUACAUGCUCAGCAUGAGGGCGGAUCAGAUCCCGCGGCCCAGCGAAUGGACGAUUGAGUCGUUUCAACACUACGUUGCCGCGCUGACCAUGGGCCGUGUGCCCCAGAGUCUUGCCGCAAAGCUGUACCUCGGCGCCGACACCCACCAGGGCACAGUCGUGCGGCGGUUGCACGACCUCUUUAAUGAUCCGGCCGCGUCGGCCGCCGUCUCGAGCCCGGCCUUCAAGCUCGCCCUUCAGUAUCUGGUCCGCGCCGGCGAGACGUUCGUCAAGGACGCCCGGUCGCUGUUUGGCAGCGUCGGUGCCCUGGGCUUGCGCCUCGACACCGACGUGUACAACCUCCUGGCCGAAACAUCGGUCAAGUCCAAGAACCUGCUUGCCUUUGAGGGCACAAUUCGUCGCAUGACAGCCUGUGGACACGCCCCAAAUCUACGAACAUGGCUGCUCUUCCUGCGCCUGGUUGAGGCCGAGGACGUUAGGAGAUACAUCCUCCACGCCAUGCACACCAAGAACUUCUUUGCAGAUGCGAGGACCGUAGCCUCGGUGUCGGUCGAAAUGGCUGAUCAUGAUGUCCACCGUGCAAUACAGCUGGGCCAGGACUUCGACGCUUUCAUCGCCGGACUGCGAGCGUUGUACGGCCCGGAGUGGCAGCUUCAGCGGCGCGCUGCCAACAGGUAUCUGGACGUCUUUGGGCGGUACAGCAAGUUCGAGGAAUCCAGAAAACUUCUCGAGUACAUGUUUGCGAGCGAGUACAGCAUGCCGGACGUCAUAUCGCUCAACACGGUCCUCACGCACUGCAAGCUGCAGAACAAGGUCGACCUGGCCGUGUGCUUCGUCCGCAUGUUCGACCAGCGGCGCUGCCGCGUAGCCGACGACAUCACCUUCCAUUUGCUGUUCGAGGUGGCCCGGAAGACGAGGAAGAUGUACCUGCAGAGCGCCGUGUGGCGUUACGCUCACGUACUGGGCCUGACGAAGCACCGCAUGCGCGACCGGGCUAUUAAGCUGCUUGCCGAGGGAGGCCGGGAGGCCGAAUACAUGACCUACUGGAUACGUCCCUUGUGGGAAGGCCCCGACGGGUGCAAGAUCAGUAAAAAGGAUGUUUUUGAGACGCUGCUGCUGUGUGACGCCCGCCGCUUCAACGUGGCUAGGCAGCUCCAGGCUGGGCAGCAGGGCUCGCGAAGCGAGUCUUCUCCAUCUGAGAACAAGAUUUCCAGGGACAAUCCUUCAGCACAAGAUAGCCUAACAGAAUCUCUCCCAGAACGCUCGCCAGAACAUUCCCCGGAACACAACUACUACCUUUACGCCAAUUCCAUGUCCAGACUGGCCCAGCAGUACAUGCCCGCGGUUCCGCUCGGCGAUUUCCUGCAGGCGGCGCUCGACCACGACCGAAAGCUG